CAUAUAUAUUGGAGUGGUCAUAAGAUUGACAAAUACUUGGGUUUGAUUCAAGUACACCUGGACAAGAUUUACCAAAGUUCAAACUUUGAACUUCAAAGUUUAAGAUAUAUUUGUCAGAACAAAUUGGUUCUUAUCUUUUUACUCAAAGAGUACAAAAUUUUCCAUUUUUAGUAUAAAAUAUUCUACGGUUUGUUUCUUUUCGUUGGGUUAUCUUUUCAGUUUUGGUCAAGCUUUAAAUCUCUUUAAUUAGAUUUUAUUGUUUAUUUUUUGUCAGGAAAACCGUUGUUUGACCCUUUUGUUUUUUUCAUUUUCAAGAAAUAAACAAACUCAUAACAAACAAUCCAGUUCAAUAUAAAAUCACUUUCAAACACUUAUAUAAAUCCAUCUCAUUGAAAAAAAAAGAUUUAUCAAAUUUUAAUCAGAAAGUUGAACAAAAAGUAAAAGCGUAACAGUUACAACUACAAUGGCUACGUCCAAAACCAUAGCGGUCAUUCUAUUCCUAAUAACGCUAGUUAAGUCUAGCAACGCGGCUGAGAACGCCACAACGCAACCGCUCGCCCCAGCCAUCCUAAUCUUCGGAGAUUCAACCGUGGACACGGGCAACAACAACUACCACGCCAAUGCCAACUUCAAGGCAAACCAUAUCCCUUACGGAGUCGACCUCCCAGGGAAAGUAGCGAGCGGGAGAUUCUCAAACGGAAAGCUAUACUGCGACAUCGUGGCCUCCAAGCUUCACAUCAAAGAGCUUGUUCCUCCUUUUCUACAACCUAACCUCUCAGACGCAGAAAUCGCCACCGGGGUUAGCUUUGCAUCCGCUGGCUCAGGCUUUGACGACCAAACUAUGCUCUUGACCAAGGCCAUCCCCGUCUCACAUCAACCUACAAUGUUCAAGAGUUACAUUGAACGUCUCAAAGGUAUUGUAGGGGAGAAGAAAGCGAUGGAGAUCAUCAAUGGUGCCAUCGUGAUGGUUAGUGCGGGUACUAACGAUUUCAUCUUGAACUAUUAUGAUUUCCCCACAAGGCGUCUAGAGUAUCCUCAAGUAUCUGAUUACCAGGAUUUCGUGCUUAAGAGACUAGAAAAAUUCGUCAAGGAGCUUUACAAUUUAGGGUGCCGAAAAAUGUCGGUGGGUGGGUUGUCGCCUAUAGGCUGUCUGCCGAUCCAAAUAACCUCAAAACUCACCAGAGGCAUAUCCAGAAGAUGCAUAAACAGUGAGAACAAAGAUGCAGUCUUGUACAAUGAAAAACUCCAAAAGCUAUUGCCUGCUAUUGAAGCUUCUCUUCCAGGAAGCAAGAUCUUAUACGCAAAUGUCUACGAUCCUAUGAUGGACAUGAUCAAGCACCCUGCCAAAUACGGGUUUAAGGAAACCAGGAAAGGGUGUUGCGGAACAGGAUUUUUAGAGACGAGUGACAUGUGCAAUUCCGGUUCUAAGUUGUGUUCCAAUCACUCGGAGUAUAUGUUCUUUGACUCUAUUCACCCUUCCCUCGCCACCUACACUCACCUUGCUGGUUCUUCUGCCUACUCUACCAUAUCGAAGCUUCUUGAUGCCUAAAGCUCUCAACUAUUAAGAAUUUGAUUGGUUAUACAGUUUUUGUAUUAGUCACCAUGAGAUUGAUUUUAUUCUUUGAUGUAUAUUGUCACUUUUUUUUAAUUCCAUCAAUAUUCUCACCAAACAAAACAAAAAAGACAUUAUUAACAGGAUUCACAAUGUUACAAAUUUUAGAUUAAUAAUCCUUUUCUUUUCCAUUUUAAAUUUAAUCAACUUUAGCGUUCUUUAAACAACCCCUUAAUCCCCAACUCCAAAUCUUCAACAGUAUAAGCAAUAGGAUUAAUUUUACAACUUUCUUAAAUAAAAACACUUGUUAUAAAAAUAAAAAUGAUUAUACUCCCUCCGUUUCAGAUUACUUGUCGUUGUAUGGUAAAUUUUUUGUUUCAAAAUAAGUGUCGUUUUAUAAUUUCAAUGCAAAAUUUAUUUUUAUAUUUUUAUCUAUUUUUUAAUUGGUUAGAAUGUGGUUGGGUGAAUUAAUAAUGAUGUUUUUAUCUAAUAAAUAUACAAAAUUAAAUGUUUCCUUAAUUUGUGUGCCGAAGUCUAAAACGACAAAUUAUCUGAAAUGGAGAAAGUAAUCUUUUGUCUAAAAUAGAUGAAUACAUUAAACACACACAUUUACUUAGGGUAUGAAUGGUGACCAGGGAACGGCGAGGAAUAAUGCAUUCCAUAAUGUUCCUGAAAAAAAUCACCAUUCACAAGGAAUAAUAAUUCCCUCUCAUUGCCUUUCAUUCUUUUUUUUGUAGAGAAUUAAAGAACAAAAAUAUUCCUUGUUAAAAGUGAUAAGGAACGACCAUUCCUUUUCAUUCCUGCUAUUUUAUUCCCGAACAUUCAUUUUUAAUCUGUUCCUCUUGUUUAAUCUGUUCCUCUUGUUUUCCGAAUGGUCACCAGUCAGACCCUUAAAGUUACU